AUGAACCCGCCAAGCUGCCAAGCUACAGACACGUCCUUCUCCCCGCAUUCACCCCCGGGUCUUUCCCCAGAUCCACGCCUGAUUAGUCUUGGUUUGCCAGAACUGGGAGUCGACGACUCAACACCUGCCGUCCAGGCUACUUGGCUGCGGGGCUUUCUCCCCUCGGUCUUCGACGCUCAGACGCCUCUCGACAAUCGAUGCUCGAUGAAGACAUUUGCUCCGAUAUCCACUGGAUUGCGUCGGCUAUUAUGCUCUGAGAGUUCUGGCAUGGCUGGGCAGUUAUGGGAUGGUGCAGGUGAGCAGGUAUAA